AUGUGCUAUUCGUGUGAAAACCCUUGCCAACCCCUUCCCUCGCCACCACCUCCUGUAAUAGUUUGCCCGCCACCACCUCCAUCACCACCACCACCACCACCAACCGGCCCUUUAUGUCCGCCACCCCCAAAGUUGCACCCUAGGACGCCUGAUACUGGGAUUAUUGGAGGCGCUUAUUAUCCACCACCGACUGGCGGAGAGCUUUCCCCACCGAACCCAGAAGUUCCGUACUUCCCCUACUAUUAUAAUUACCCACCAGCACCACCGUCUUCUGUUACUUCCAACUCUGUCGCAUUGAGACUAAAAUUAGUUGUUCCUUCCAUUUUCCUUUUCCUUACCAUGCAGCGCUUCUUCUAA